AAAUAUCAUCCCAAAUUUAAGAAAUGGGGUGAUGGCGGAGAAAAAUGUGCAAUUCCGACCUUGCGUAGCCAAUUUUAUUUUAGCCUUAAUUGAAGUAAGAAACAAGAGAUGCAGGCUGAUGAUUAUAUAUAAGCACCAGACAACAAUGUCAACGAGGCUUCCACGUGACUUCCCCAUUCUCCAUCACACCUUCCCAUUUGUUACCCCCUUAAGUAACCCAGACCAUCCCUUGCCACCCAUGAGAGACGUUAAUAUUUCCUCUCCCUCUACCAAUUUUAGUCAAAUAUCUCUCUCUCUGAAUUCCCCACGGAUCUCACAAUUCUCCGAUCAUCCUCUUUGAACCCGCCCUUCGAAAAGCAUCCUCUUUUCUUUCCUUCUUCAUCAACUAAAUAAAUGGCUGCAACAGCAACAACAACCCAAACCCAACCUCCAAACCCUUUAAUGAAAGCACCCAAAGGACCACCAAGAUCAAAGCUUGUUUGUUUCUCUUUCGCUGCGUAUUCCAAAAGCCUUAUUGACCAUCUUAAAUCUCUUGAUAUUCCAAUCCUUCCAGGCUUAACUGACCAAGAAUUCUCCUCCGUCGAAUCUACUCUCCACUUCACUUUCCCUCCUGACCUCCGCUCUAUCCUCCAAGAAGGCCUCCCCGUCGACCCUUCUUUCCCAAACUGGCGAUCUUCUUCUCCUCAACAACUUAACAUUCUCCUUAACCUUCCUCUCUUGUCUCUUUCCAAGAACAUUACGUUACACAACUUUUGGUCCGAUUCUUGGGGGCCCAAACCUUCAAAUUCCAAUGAAGCUUUGGCGUUGGUUAAAAGCUUAUUACAAAAAGCGCCUCUUCUUGUUCCUAUAUAUAGAAAUUGUUAUAUCCCUUCGACGCCAAACAUGGCUGGAAACCCUGUUUUUUACGUUGAUGGAGAUGAGGUUAGAAUCUUGAGCUUUGAUAUUACUAGGUUUUUUCAAGAAGUCGAAUUCUUGAGAAGAGGUGGGGUUUUUAAGCCUUUCACGAGGAAGAAAAGCAAUAGCGUCAAUAACAAUGUGCCGGCUUGGGCCGCGACCACAGCGCGGAGGAUUGACUUUUGGACGGACGUGGCGGAGAAAGGAAGGAGAGUUGUGGCGCGUGGUGUCACGCGGGGGUGGUGGAGUAGGGGUGAGGUAGAGGAGGACUUGGGCUUAAGGGGAUGUUUGGAGGAAGUGUUUUGGAAAUUGAGAGAGGGGGGGUGGAGAGAGGAGGAGGUGAGGGAGAUGAUGAUGAUCGACGGCUGUGAUCAAAACGAGAACAAGGAAAAGAGUGGGACCCGAUUGGUGAUGGACGGUGGGGAUGCUGCAUGGCAUGUGAGGGUCUUGUCUGUUGUGUUAUUACGUGCGGGAUGGGCUAGUGAAGAUGUGGUGUACGCGCUUGAUCUCCACGAUGUUAUCGAUAAGGAUGACGAUGAUGGUGAUGAAGAGCUUGCUAACCUUGUAGAAGAAACGCCUUGUUUGGAACUUCAACGUCCAAGUAGCUGUUGCAUGGAGGAAGAUGAUCAUCAAAACAGCAGUAUCAGACGGUUGAUUCAACUGUAAUCACUUGAAGUGUGAUGAACCUCAACUCAGCUCACCUGUUUAGCAUAAUCAGAGUAUUUUAUGGGAACUCCUCACAAAUGGAGGAAAAAUGAUAAAGAAUAAAUUUAUAAGCAUUUAAUUUUUUUUAGUAGAAUUACUACAUACUUUCAGCUUUUUUUUUUUUGUAUAACUAACAUUCAAACAUUGGAUUUUUUUUUUGUAAAUAAUUUUUUCUCUCGUGUAUAAGGAUACAUAUAAGGUAGAUUCCCAAUAUUCUUGGUAUAAAUGUAUAUGGCCAAUUGUCCCUUUAUAUCUAUCACAAGCUAAAUACAUGAUGAACUUGGAGUGGUGAAUAGGGGACCGCGGACAUUUUUGAAUGUAAUUGAGAGGAGACAUUUGCAGUUUUGCUGGCCUUAUUUAA